UAGAAUAGUGGUGGUGUUUUUUUUUCUCACUGUGAGUGCAAGAAUAAAGCGAAAAUUUUAUAAAAUGAAGGUGCCGUUACUGCUUCUCGUCGCAACACUCGGUACAGUUCACAGUAUAAACUUGGAAGGAUCAUCAUACAGUAUUGUACACGACAGAGGAGUUCGAAGUUACUUCUCACACCCAUUCGGCGGCUUUGGGAAAGCCAGAGGAUUCGGCGGUGGAUUCUUCGGGCACUCUCAAGCCCCCACAAGUCCAUUUGGCGUCGCUGCCGGUCCAGCUUCGUCCCUGACGAGCAAAAAAUGCGGCGUCGCGCCACAAAACUGCGUCCGAUCUCGCUAUCGCACCUUCAGCGGUGUGUGCAAUAACUUGCUGAAUCCAGGAUGGGGAAUGGCGUCCAGCACCUACUCGCGUCUCCUGUCGCCCAAGUACGGAGACGGCGUCUCCUCGCCAACACUCUCCGUGACCGGAGCUGAGCUGCCCAACGCUCGUGUCCUCUCAGUGGACGUCUUCGGUGAGCGCGACGUUCCCGAUCCCAAAUUCACGCUGCUCAACAUGCAGUGGGGUCAGGUGAUCACCCACGACAUGAGCUUGCAAUUCGGCGGUUCUCAGGCCCAGAAGCACGCCACGUCCUGCUGCUCCGUUGAAGGACAUCCCGAGGAGUCACGAAGCCUCCACACCACUUGCUAUCCCAUCGUCGUGCCACACAAUGAUCCCGUGCUCAACAACUACAACGACCAGUUCUGCAUGGACUUCGUGCGCACGCUCACGGACAAGGAUGUGCGCUGCCCCAAUCUGGACUUCAACUCUCCCGCUGAGCAGCUGACCGAAGUCACGGCGUUCAUGGACUUGUCUCUCGUCUACGCGAACAGCGACCAGAUGAACGCUCAGCUGAGAACCUUCCAGGGCGGCAGGCUGAUCACCGUUCAGCGCAAUGGCCGCGAGUGGCCACCACAGAAUCCCAACGCGUCCACUGUCUGCACAAUGAACAAUGGCCAGGAACCCUGCUACCUCGCCGGAGAUGCCCGAGUCAACCAGAAUCCCGGACUCACGUCUCUGCAAGUUAUGUUGCUCACUGAGCAUAACCAGAUCGCCGACGCCUUGGCCAGCAUUAAUCCCCAUUGGGACGAUGAGAGGAUCUUCCAGGAGGCGCGAAGGAUCAAUUAUGCCGAAUUCCAGCACAUUUCCUACUACGAGUGGCUCCCAAUCUUCCUUGGACAGAAGAACAUGCGCAACAAUGGCCUGAUCUACGAGACCACGCCAGGGAGCUACGUGAAUGACUACGAUCCGAGCAUUGAUCCGCGGGUGAUCAACGCCCACGCGCACGCCGCCUUCCGAUACUUCCACACGCAAAUUGAAGGAAGACUCGACCUAUUGUCUGAACAUCGCGCGAGAACUGCUUCGCUCCGACUCAGUGACUGGCUCAAUCGUCCAGUCAUUGUUGAGGCUGAGUUCGAUAAUCUCUGCCGCGGCAUGGUCACGCAGCCCGAGGAAGACACCGAUGACAACAUUGACACAGAAAUCAAGCACUACCUGUUCCGCCUGGACAACGUCAUUGGACAGGACUUGAAGGCGAUUGACAUCCAGAGAAACCGAGAUCACGGUCUCGCCAGCUACAAUGACUUCAGGGAGUUCUGUGGCCUGAAGAGGGCCGCGACUUUCGACGAUUUCCUGGAUCUCAUCUCGCCCAGACACGUGGAGAAACUCCGAGCUCACUACACGAGUCCCGAAGAUGUGGAUCUCACUGUCGGUGGAGCUCUGGAGGCUCACGUGGCGGGUGCUCUGGCCGGUCCCACCUUCCUCUGCAUCCUCACCGAGCAGUUCUUCCGCACGCGUGUCGGCGAUAGAUUCUUCUACGAGAACGGCAACGUCGACAGUGCCUUCACGCGAGAACAACUCCAAUCAAUCCGCCAAUUGACUGCGGCUCGCUUCGUCUGCGACAACACAAACAUCCAGUACAUCCAGCCGAGGGCCUUCGAGAGGAUCCACCUCGGAAACGAGCUGCUGCCCUGCGCCUCACUGCCGCGUCUUGACUACAAUCUGUGGCGGGACGACGUCUCGGCAGCCUUCGACACCCACAACGCCUACGUCUUCAAGAAGUGAUCGCGCCGUAAAUUAUUUAUUGAGCCUAGUUGAUAACAGUUUAAUAAGCUCUGGAGCACAUUUUCCAUUGAUUUAUUCAUGGAGAAACGUCCAGACGAAAGCAUUAUGACACGUGACCAACGAUAGUGUGAAAAUUAAUUGCUAAGAGAUUAAUAAAAACAUAUUUCUUUUUUUUGUACAUGGAGAAAGAGAAAAUUAAACGUGAAAAAGCGUUUUGCCAUUUUUUUUAAAGACGCAUCCCUCCAGCAAAUAAACCAUUCCCUAAAAGGAAAAUCCCCCUCAAUUGUCACCACCUUAGAAGAGUUAAAAGUUGACGGCAUUUCUUAUUACUUCACACUUCUGUUAAAAGGUGCUUUUAGCAUAUAAAAAUUUACCCCACAAUCAAUGAAUGUUAAUGUUCAGACGAUGUGAAAAGCAUGGAGAAUAAAAUUAAUUGUACCAACGGAAAAAUGUUGCUUUCAAUCAUUGCGUUUUCGAGUCGUUAAUGAAAGUGAAAAUAUUUCAUUUUCACUUCCAUCAACAAUUUCUUUUGUCAACUGCACAUUCUGCACUAUUCAUUUCUUUCUAAAAAUAUCACUUCUCUGUGUCUUGAGGAAGUUCACACUGUCUUCGUGUUUGACCAACUCGCGAAAAACGGUGACAUUGAGGGUGAAAAUGUGCAGAAAAAUAUGCAGAAAUUCCAUUAGCGCCUCUACUAAUUACCGUCGCUCUUUGGCAGAACUCCUCAGUUGGUCAGGAACUCAUCAUCGCGGUGGAUCUUCCAGCGAUUCACUUAACAGUGGGUGAAGAAUAGUACAACGAUGAAUAGUGUAUUACUUGUUCUUCUCACCGCGGGACUUUUCGCGGGUGGAUUUUGCUUCAAAACCUACAAUCCCGCUGAUUUGAGGUAAGCGCUUAAUUCCAGUGUUCUAUAAGUGCAAAUCCAGUUCAAGUAUGUGUUUUCCCGCCUUUCAGGCUCGUCCUCGAGGCUUAUCGCAAUGCCACGAAAAUGCAAAAUAUGCAAGAGAUGCUGGAGAAACAUCUCUGUGAUCUCAAGAUUGAGAUGCGCCCAGAAGAUGUAAGAAUAAAUCGUCGCU